AUGAACAGUGCGAUCACAGUAACCAUCCUCAUCUUCCUUCUCUGUGCCUUUUCUACCCAGGGCAUUCCAAUCCUGGGAACACAAGGGCGGUGCAAGUGCAUUAGGACUACCUCUGCUGUUAUUCAUCCAAAGCUCAUGCACAGCUUGAGAUAUAUUCCCAGCGGGCCACACUGCGAAGCAACAGAGAUCAUCAUCACUCUGAAAAAUAAGAAGAAAGUGUGCGUGGAUCCUGGUGCAAAGUGGUUGCGGGUUCUCAUAGCAGCUAGCAAAGGUGCCAGACACAGGAACUAAAAAAAAUGUGGAACUGCAAUGUUGAAGAUUCAAAUUGCUCUGGAAUUCCAGCAUCAACAUAAUCUCUUGUACACUCGGGUUCCAUUUCAGGAUUAUCUGAGGAGCAAUGAAGGAAGCUCAGCCCUGGCUAUUAUCUCUCUGAUAUCAAUGUUCAUUCCACUGUCUCCGCUUCAUUAUGUACUGUGAAUAAUUUAACCCUUUAGCAUGA